GAGCCGAGGGGUUUGUAAACCUAUACUAAUCUGACGUUGGUUCUGCUGGACGGAUAGAGAGAGUAGUGAGCAAGCGCGAUUUGGAGAGUUGGGGAUGGGAAUUGGGUUGGGAGCAUUGAGGAAUGCCAUUCUUCAUUUGGUGUGAACAGUCCUUGCUCGGCGAACGUUACAUUUUCUGGCGAUUUCCGGUACGCCUGCUACUCCGAUAACUAAGAUUCGGUGGGUUUUUGGAUCACCUCAGCAGCUGACGCCGGUGAUUUUGGAGUUGAGUGCUUUCCAUAGCUUGACAGAUACUCGAUUCCCGAAGAGAAGGCCCAGUGGCAAACCUCGAAGGAAAAGGGCCAGCUUAAGACCACCAGACAGUUGUUUGUAUCAAAACACCAAAGCUUAGGUCUGUAUACAGUCCACCCCUCCCAAGGCCUGGGUAAAUGGACUCAUAUGCCUGGGUUCAGCAUACACCUGGUGAGCCAAUAUCUGUAAGUAGACCCAACAAAAGGAGUGUGAAGGGAAGGAAUUAGAAAAAACGCAUGAGGCUGAGGAGGGCGUUUAUACUGGAAAGUCCAUGCAAAACUGAUUUGAAGAUACUCAGCUCAGCUGCAAUCCCAACUAUUUGGGUUGGCUACAUGAAUCCUGUCCAGCCAUUCUGCUCUAUCAAGGGCAAUGUUUUCUGUCACACUGAGAAAUGUCUUUCUACUAGCCUCACAGUUACCGGAUUCCUCUCACGGAAACAUUGUCUUCGACUACUAGGCACGAUGCCAAGUCGUUACUAUGUUCACAGGGAUGACAAUGAUGAAGAUGAGAGGAAAAGAAAGAGAGAAGGACAAGAAGGGUAUAUAUAUUUCCACAAGAGCAGGGGUCAACACAUUCUCACCAACCCACGAGUUCUUGACUCCAUUGUUCGAAGGGCUGAGAUUAGGCCCACUGAUACAGUGCUUGAGAUAGGGCCCGGAACUGGAAAUCUCACUCUAAAGCUACUUGAGGUUGCUGAGAAAGUUUUUGCCGUUGAGAUCGACAAACGGAUGGUUGAAGUUCUCAACAAUCGUGUUGCUGAAUGUGGGCUUGAAGAUCGACUCACCGUUAUAUGUAAAGAUGCGCUGAAGAUGGAUUUCCCCCCAUUUGAUCUUAUUGUUGCCAACAUCCCUUAUGGGAUAUCUUCACCUCUUAUAGCGAAACUUGUAUUUGGGGCCUACCCAUUUCGAAGCGCCACACUUCUCCUUCAAAAAGAGUUUGCUCGACGCCUGUUGGCGAAUCCUGGUGAUUCUGCUUUCAAUCGAUUGGCUGUGAAUGUAAAGUUGGUUGCCGAGGUGGAAUUCGUGAUGGAUGUAAGCAAGAAGGACUUCAUUCCUUGUCCAAAGGUCGAUUCAUCUGUUGUGAAGAUUUGGCCGAAGACUAAGGUCCCUGAUGUUGAUAUGCAUGAAUGGUGGGCUUUCACACGGACGUGUUUUAACAAGAAGAACAAGACAUUGGGAGCUACUUUCAAGCAGAAGAAGAAAGUGGUUGAACUUUUGAGAAGGUCACAGAUGAUGGAUUCCCUCAAAGACCAUGUUGCCACUAGAUACAAUUAUGAUGACUAUGAUGACAAAGAAGAGCAAGAGGAGCAGAGCGAUGGAGAACACUGUUUUCCAUCCCCUUGCUCAGAAAAGGAUUUGGUUUCUUUCAAAGAAAUGAUUGCUGAGGUUCUAAAGGCAGGUGGAUUUGAAGCGAAGAGGCCUUCAAAACUAUCUAUCGAGGAAUUGUUGCAUCUGCUCUCGCUGCUCAACCAAGCUGGAAUUUAUUUUAAUGAUCGAACUAAAGGAAAGGAUGUAAGCAAUGAAGGAUUUGUGGCAUCUUAUAGUUCUUAAACAACAGUUUGCAUUCUUUGUUGGUAAAAGCGGUGUAACUCAUACGCCUGAUGGAUGAAUCUCAAAUUUCAGUUUCUAGCCAUUAGGAAUAUAGUUUACAAACUACGAUGGGACCAAAGAGAGUGUGUGGAAAUUGGACUCAUCCAAAACAUUGGGUUCACUAACUGGUUUAGUCCUUGGGCAAGUUUAUGCAUUUCCUCUUCAAAGCAAUAUGAGAUGAAUCGUGAUUCGUGAAUGAUAGUUUGGUUAUUUUACGUAAA